CAAGGUUUGACGCACUUUCAGUAUUCAUGUGGCUCCUUCUGGUUACAUAAUAAUCAGACUGUAUGUCAACAGAGGUUAAAGAUAGCAGGACAGAAGAAAUGCUGAAACAUAACAGUUGUAUUCCACUCUGGCUUUGACCCUCAUAGUUGAGAAGAGGCAGUCAGGGUCCAGUGGUGAAGCUUUGAGGAUGGAAAUGUAAGUGGAAUCUCAUUCAGCUGCAUCCUGCAUACUGAGAAAUCAACAAUGAGCAAUUUCUGUAAGACAUCUCUGGACCUGCAGGACACAAAGAGAGUACAGGAAACAAAUGAAACACUACUGGGAGAAUCUCUUGAGACACUCCUUUCCCAGAAAUGCGGACAAAUAGCAUUUUGGGACUUUCUGAAAUCGGAGUUCUGUGAGGAAAACUUGGAUUUCUGGCUCGCCUGUCAAGAGUUCAAAACCUCUGACUGUCCGGAGGAGCGAACACUGAGAGCAACAAGUAUUUAUGAAGAGUUCAUCAAGCAGGAGUCUCCAAAACAGGUAAACUUAGAUUUCAACACAAGAGAGAUCAUCAGCCAGAGUCUCCUGCAACCAAGUCCAUCAUGUUUUGUUGUGGCACAGAGGAAAAUCUACAGCCUGAUGGAGAAUGGCUCCUUCCCACGCUUCAUUCAAUCUGAACAAUACAAAGUCCUGUUUGAUGCGACUUCUAAGCAGAGAGGCCAUGGGAAGCACAGAAAGGCCUUGGAGAUAAGGAGAACUGAUUCUAAACCAAUCAGCCUGCAGUGCGAGCUCUGUCUCUUGCACAAGGACUGACAUCAUGCAUGUUGAAAGUGUUGCACAGACACAGGCUGUUGACAGAUACCGUGCAGGCACUUCCCUUCCCUUCAAAAUGUCACCUCACAACCCACAAGACUUUAAGCUGUGCCGGUGGACCUAAUACACUGCAGGCGGUGCCACCUGGUGCACAUCACCGAGAGUUAAACUGUGGGUUUUAACCCUGUGGGGCUUCUUAAAUGUAAACCUCAAUAUUUCUGGUGCUAUAUAAGUUAAAUGCACAUGACUGCAGGACUGUUGUGAUUUUGCAUUUCAAACAAUAUUUCUGGACAUUUUAAAAUUAUUUUGCCAUGUAUGCAUUAUGAGACAUUGCAAUACUACAGACUUUAUUUUGUGGCAAA